AUCGGGGAAUAAAUCUCGCCUUCUGACUGGCUAAUCGAGAGCCUCUCCGACUUUGAACAAUUUUCUGCCGGACAUUUUUUCUCUUCUCUCUGUCGCCUCCAAACAACAAACCAUCUCCUUCCCAUCCAUCACUUCAAUCAUCUGAAUUGGUUGAAUUUAUUUGUUUCUUUGUCUAUUCCGCUCUAUUUCAUACCCAGGUUUCUUUUUAUAUAUUACAAGUUCCUCAGUACCCGUUUUUCUACCUUCGCUCCCAUCAUGUUGGGCGCUCUCCGCCGAAAUGGCGUUGCCCAUGCGCUGCGCGCUUCUGCUCCCCGGUCUCUGUCGGCCAGAGUGAUCCCCCAACGGUUGCAAUGGCUUUCUCCGUCACUCCCAGCAGCUUCACACGUGCCCCGGUCCCUUUUCCAUACAACCAAGGUCACUUUCUCUGCCGCUGCGGAAGCCCAGGCGCAGAGUACUGCACCCCAAACGGACCAGCCUGAGCGACUAUCCGACUUCAAGCAGCUGGGAGAUCAAGGACUAGUCGACCCCAUCAUCAUCCGUACUAUUACCAAGAACAUGGGCAUCAAGACGAUGACGGAUGUUCAGAGCAUGACAAUCCAAGAAACUCUGAAAGGCAAUGAUAUGUUGGCUCAAGCAAAGACCGGGACUGGCAAGACGAUUGCUUUCCUUCUCCCCGUGUUGCAAAACAUCUUGAACGACCCUACUGUUGAUCGCCGAAACAGGCGAGGAGGAGCUACAUCGGCAGAUAUCCGUGCCAUCAUAAUCUCCCCAACUCGUGAGCUUGCGGAGCAGAUUGCGACAGAGGCGGCGAAAUUAGCUGCUGGUACAGGGCUUGUGGUGCAAGCGGCUGUUGGUGGCACUCGUAAGACCGAGGGCCUAAUGCGGAUCCAGAGACAGGGCUGCCACUUGUUGGUUGGCACGCCCGGUCGACUCAAGGACAUCUUGUCCGACCCCUCAAGUAGGGUCCGGGCCCCCAAGCUGUCUAGCUUUGUUCUCGAUGAGGCAGAUCGCUUGCUAGAUGACGGCUUCGCUCCUGAAAUCAUGGAAAUCCAGCGCCUACUCCCGGACCCCAUGAGCGUCGAACGCCAGACGCUCAUGUUUUCGGCUACUGUUCCGCGGGAAGUCAUGUCCAUUGUUCACCAAACCAUGAAGCCCGAUUUCAAGAUUGUGAAAACCGUGCAGGAAGACGAAGUACCCACUCAUCUUACGGUCCCUCAGAAACUUGUCGUCCUUGAUGGCUGGCAGAAUGCAUUGCCCGCCAUUCUUGAAUUAGCCAAAAAUUACCAAGCUCGCAUGGCCAGUGACUCCAGUGCUCGCCCUUUCAAGGCCAUUGUUUACUUUAAUUCCACUAUGCAAGUAAGCUUGGCCUACGAAGUAUUUUACAACUUGCGCAAAGAGCCAGGUAACCGCCGGAGCGGCCACCCUUUGAACCGGAUACACCUGCUUGAGCUCCAUUCGCGUCUGUCUCAAGGUCGGAGAACGAAAACUUCCGACUUCUUCCGGAACAGCCGUUCUGCUAUCCUCUUCUCGUCCGAUGUGACAGCGAGAGGGUUGGACUUCCCGGAUGUUACUCAUGUCAUUCAAGUUGGAGCUCCUCGUGGACGGGACACAUACAUUCACCGUAUUGGACGUACUGGACGAGCAAACAAGGAAGGUGAAGGAUGGCUCCUCAUUCAUCCUGGCGAAAACGCUUUCAUCCAGAGACACCUUAGAGGCCUCCCCCUUGAAAAGGAUCACUCGCUGCCCACGGCUUUCUCCGACAUGAGUCAGGAGUCAAGUGACAAUAUCACUCCGGCCGCUGCGGAGUCCAUAGCGCAAGUCAAGGCUGCUAUGCAUGAGGUGCCCGAAGAUAUCCGAGAGCAGGCGUGGAAGUCUCAAUUAGGCACUCAGCUCGCGGUCUUUUCCCGCACGAGGGAUAUGAUUCUAGCCAUGAACGAGUUCUCUACCCACGGAUACUAUUUGCCUGAACCUCCCGCAGUUUCCCCUAAUCUGGCGAGAAAUAUGGGCCUCGCAGAUGUGAGGGAGAUGAGGAGAGGUUUCAGAGGUCAGCGUGGCGAUAGUCGUGGUUCAUGGUCGCCCCGCAGUGAGGGCCAAUUCAGGGGAGGCCGUAGCCAAGGCCGCAACGGAGAUCGUAACGAUAGACGCUCCUCCGGCCCUCGCGAUUAUAACCGCUGGGACAACUAUGAACGCUAUUAAUUCUGACUGACAAAAUAUGUUCUCUCUAUUACGCUUAUUUUUCGGGACUUAAUUGAAAGAACAAACCUCCGAUUGCAUUGGGCGGCGUUAUCUAUGGUUGCUACACUUACUCUGUAUAUUCUACCAGAAAACGAACUUUCUCCUCUCCGAUUGUAUUCCUAUCAUGUAUGCCCGUUCUAUGCCACUUUGGGAUACCACCUGACUUAUCUUCUUUCUUCUGAUCUGUUGAUAUGGUGUACUAGGUGUGUUCAGGGCAACUGGGCACAGGGUUUCUGAUCUAGACCGUCACCUUUUGUACUGGAUAUACUUGGGCUGGGACGGACAGGCACUGGGCGUGUAUUA